UUGAAGUUUCGGGCUUGGCCCCUUUUAUAAGAUAGUAGGUACGUGGAAUUGGAAACAUUGCCUCGUUAUAACGCUCGUUGCAGUUCUACUGCUGCGCUGCACCGCCUGUUGAAUCGAUCAUCAUUGUAUUGAGCUUCGGGCAGCACAUCGAGGCACAGAUAUAAUACGAGCCAUUUUUUAACGUUUUCGAGGGAUUAAAGCUACUGAAAAUUUGGUCGAAAUAGUUUAUCGAUCAUUUUCGACGUAAAUAUAACUUUGGGACGUAUCUUUGCAAGUUUUAUAUCUAUGCGUUUCGAAAGUUGUACGGACAUUUAAAUCUGUACUUCGAUUUGAAGUCUGCUCGUCGCACGCUUGCAUAGUACAAUACAAACUCCAUCGAAAUCGUAACCUCGAGUCAUCAUGGUUCGCUUUAAAAACAGGUAUAUCAUUGUCAAAAUCACAGAAAAAACAAAAUUAGAUCAGAAAAGGCCUAUAGCUUGGAAGAUAAAAAAUGGUGCAAUUCAUGAUGCCAUAAAUAAAAAAUGUUCUCAAAUGUAUGGAGAUCUAGGUAGUGCGUCCAUUAAAGCAGGUUUUACAGCCAAAUAUUUCAAUGCUUUUACAAGGAUUGCAUUUGUAAGAUCUCGCCAUGGACCACAUGAAUUCAUCUUAAAGGUGUUACCAAAGAUUACUGAAAUAAGCGGUAAAGAAGUGCAUGUUAAAAUUUUGUAUAUUGGAGGAACAUUGAAACACUGUUUUAUGUAUGUUAAAAAUUAUCAAGAGAAGAAAAUGGAAGAAAUUUACAGCGAUGCAAAAACUGAGAGUCAAAAGUCAGAAUUGGAAGAAGCUCUGAUGUACACGAUGAUGCCUUCAUGGCAAGAUUUUUUUAACAGUAAAGCAGCAACAUAGUGCAAUUUAUCAUGUCAUAUCUGUGAUAUGAAUGUAGGCCAGUAUUAUAAAUAUAUAGAAGAAAUUGGCCCUUGACAGCGAUGUUGAGAGCUACUAAAUUAUUAUUAUACUUAUAAAUGAAUAUAUUUAUAUAUGAAAUGUUGGUAGCAGAAGCUAUCAAAAAUGACUAGAAGAACAUAUCAUUGAUUUUUAUAAUAAAAGAUUAUACCUUCAAGUUUUAAAAAA